GUUUUCCAUCCUAAAAAUCCACGGGAUCACCGGACGCAAGUGCGGUGCAGUGAGGACAGUGUCAACGUUUCGUGGCGUACAGUGCGCAACGUCAGUGUUUCCACCUCUCUCCCAUUCUUACGAGUCUUCGUUGGGACAGUCAGGAUGGGCUGAUUGCCCCCAUGUCUGCACUGAGUCAAAUAAAAAAUCGUCAGCACUAACGGGUGGCACGCCUGCGCUUCAUUAUUCAUCUCUCCCCACCAAGACAACAGCAAUGAAGGGGCGAUUCGUCGUGAACCCGUUCCCGACUGUGCCUCUACUGCCUUCGGAUGAGGCUCAGUUGCAUGACUUGGUCCAUUCCCUUGUCAAAGCUGGUCUGGAACGGUACACUGCGUAUCUAAAAUCCGAUAAUCACCGACUGGAUUCGCAUCGAUGGAAGCUCGUCAAGUCUCGCGAAACUGCACGAGUAUAUAUGGAGAAACCUGCACCGACUAACCAGGACAGUCAGGAUUUACCGUCCUUGCUGUGCGUGGGCACGACCACCGGACAGCUCGAAGAUGUUAUGUUUGGAGUGGUAAACCCGACACUGGAAGUGAUGAGGAUCAAGGCGUCGUACGUCGAUGACUUGAGCGGUGCCGCUGUCUUGGCGAACGUGGAGGACCCAACACUGGACGAACCAUUCAGGUCGCUUGUGGUCAAGUGGAUGGAGCUGGAUAUUCCACUACACAACACCAGUCUAGUCAAGAACCGCGACUAUAUCUACGCGGAAGCCACGGAUAUUAUCCAACUUCCUACUGGCGACCGUAUCGGAUAUCAUCUGCUGCAUUCGAUCAAUUUCCCGCAAACACACGAGCUGCCGAACCGUGUUCGAGGGAAUUUAUCCAUCUGCGGAUUCUUCCGGCAGAUUACGGAAGACACUACGGAGAUUUACGUCACAGGAAUCAUGGACCCCGCGGGAGGACUCGUGCGUCACUUAGUGAUCCCCAACAUGGCUACAACGUUCUUGUCGACGCUUAAGUACGCACAUUGUGGACAGAUGAAGAAACUGGCGUGGAUGUUAGAGAAGAAAUACAAGGAGUUCCGACUGCACGGCACUCCGAACAAAAAAGUACAGUGCGUGUCGUGUCAGGCCUCGAUUACUGGGCGGAAGAUCGGAGAUUUCGGCAAGACGGACGCCACGUGCAAGCUCUGCUUCUGCUACGUGUGCCAUAGCUGUAAAAUCCACAAAAAGAUCAGCUUUGUCACGCCUGAUAUGCUGCUAGUCAAGAGGAAAGUCACAUUCUGUGCGGUCUGCCUAGCCGAGGUCAACAAAUCGGACGCGUCUGAAGCUGCACGCGCACAGAUUUUAGAGAAUUAUCCGGCCAACCAUCCUACUUCGUCCGCUGCGUCCGAGUCCGAGACUAGCAGCAGUAGCUGAAGGUACAGCGAGGAAAAGCCAGGCCCAAGUAGCUAUAACACACACCAUUUAUUCCGCUGUUUCUCUGCGUUGAAGCGUCCCAGCCAACCGAUUGUGGAUGCAGAUAGAUUGUCAACUGACCACAGCUAACCAUAUUUUGUGCUGGUGAUUAAGUGGCAUAAAGCCUAUUGACAAUAGGUUCAUGCCACUCUCAACUGUGCAACGUUCCUCUUCCAGUUGGUAAUGUGGCUAGUUAUUUGCCAGCAGAUACCUUAGCUGUCAUUGCGAAUCCGUGGAGUAGAGGGGUCCGUUGUUGGAUCAUUCGCAACGCAGUGUGUUUGAUUCAAUACUUUAAAAAGAAAAUUACUACUUCGAAGUAUCAAGAAUAAAACCUAAAGUGGAUUUGGUUGCUCGUACUGGCUGG